UCAAAAAAAAAGAUAAACCACACCAUCAUCGAGCGGUCGAGCCCAAACUACGAUAGCGCAAACGCGAGCGCAGCGGAAGAACAAUGGCGACGAUGUCACUCGCCGCGGCAUCACCCCUCGCCUCCACUCCCGGAGGCGUCGCCGCCCCCGCGCCUCGCACGGCCUUCCUCGGCCUCCGCGCAGGUGGCGCGCCGGCGACGCGGUUCUUCCCUGCACUGGCGGCGGCGCCGCAGCCGGCGGCUGGAAGGGGCGCCGCGGCCGCGGUGGUGCAGAUGGCGAAGAGGGAGCAGGAGCUGGAGGAGAUCCGGGAUAUGUCUACGGAGCGGCUGGAGGAGGAGGUGGUGGACCUCAAGGGGGAGCUCUUCCUGCUUCGCCUCAAGCGCUCCGCGCGCCAGGAGUUUAAGAACAGCGAGUUCGGCCGCAUGCGCAAGAGGAUUGCUCGUAUGCUGACUGUGAAAAGAGAGCGGGAAAUUGAACAAGGAAUCAACAAGAGAUUGUCUAGGAAGCUUGACAGGAAAUGGAAGCAGAGCAUUGUGGUUAGACCACCUCCAUCUCUAAGGGAGAACAAGGAAGAGUAGAAAGCAAAAGAGGGGAACCCACAAAAGUAGUUUCAUGCGAGUGUUGCAGGAAGGUUUCUUUCUGCCUGUAAUUUCAACCCUUCAUUUUGUUUUGUGUCCCAGAUGAACAUUUUGCUACACAUUUUUAUAAAACCUGAAGUUCAGUCAUUA